CUCGUUUUGAGAUUGGUCACAUGACUAAACGCGGCGACUUCAAAGUUGAAAAGCUGUCAGAAAUCGCUAAAUGACGAAAUCAGAUAAGACAAAGGAAGAGUGACAUCAUGGCGCACUUUAACUUUGAGAACAACCUGAGUGAGCUGACCAAGCUUGACGCACCAAUGCAGAGGGGUCCGUUGAUGAGAUGGCAGAGGAAGGCCCUCAGUCUGGAUGACCAGGCCGGGGCUGGAGGGAGCAGUGACAGACAUCUAUCUCUGCCUGAAGCAGGAAUAGCUGGGGGACUGUCUCCAAGACGUACUAGAAUAGGCUCCUCGAGGACCCCAAGCAAAGGCCCCAAGACUCCACUGACCUGCAGGACACCAAACAGAACUCCUGGGAAAACACCUGGGAAUUCAAAGAAAGUUUCUGGGAAAACACCAAAUAAGAAAACCCCCUUGACCCCUCACAGUGACAGGUUCAUCCCCAGCCGGUCCACCACAGACCAAGACCUGGGCCACUACCUGAUGAUGAACAAUGAGAAUGAGAACCCCCUGGCAGGCGGGAAGGUGGACUACCAGCAGAGAGUGACAGAGAACAUCUGCAAGGGGCAGCAAGACCCACAGAAUGCCAAGAUAUUGUCAUUUAGACAGAAGGCACCACAGGCAAAAGAAGGUUAUCUGAACAACCUGAAGGUCCUGUACAGCUCUGGCAAGUGCUCGGCCCCCAAGGCUCUAUCUACCAGACAGAUCCCUCAACAGCCUGACAGAAUCCUGGACGCUCCUGAGCUACUGGAUGAUUACUGUAAAUAUCAGAAUGAUGCCGCUCGCUCAGAGUUUCA